AUGUCGCAGACCGCGGCACCUCCUACGAGGCGUCCCGGGCGGGCGCGGGUGCUGACGGAGGCUGACCUCGACCUUGAGCUCGCAGAGGAGGCGGGUCACGUCGGCAACGGAGAUUCUCACGGCCACGGCCACGAACACGGCACUGUAGGUUCUUCUGCGAGGCGUCCCGGGCGGGCGCGGGUGCUGACGGAGGCUGAUCUCGACCUUGAGCUCGCAGAGGAGGCGGGUCACGUCGGCCUCAACGGAGAUUCUCACGGCCACGGCCACGGACACGGACACGGCGACCUCGGCCACGGCCACGGCGACCUCGGCCACGGCCACUCGCACUCGCGAGUCUUUCGAGCGUACGGCCGAUGCCACGGCUUCGACGUUGACGUGUCCACCGGCGGGUGGUUCAACGCGGGGCACGCGGACAACCUCUUCGGCGGCACGGGGUUCGGCCGGCGCAUCGUGCCCGUCAAGCGCGCUGCGAGGCUACGCAGACGGCUCUACGGCGCGCUCUGCGUCAGCGGCCUGUACGCCAUCGCGGAGUUUACUGCCGCGACGAUCUCUGGAUCCACCGCCCUGCUUGCCGACGGGCUGCACAUGACGUCGGACUUUGUCUCCUACGGCCUCUCCCUCGGCAUCUUGGAACUCACGCUUCGGCAGCAACGAAGACACUUGAAACUCAAAGAUUCGGACUCGACCGAGGCUGACGCGACGCGCGACGAUGACUACGCCGAAAUGCUGACUUUCGGCUUCGCGCGGCUCGAAGUCCUCGGAGCGUUGGGGAUCAUUUUGGUGGUUUGGGGCGCGACGCUCGCGCUCGUGGUUGAGGCGAUUAAACGAAUGAGCGCGCCGCCCGGGGUUGACGGCGCGACGGUGGUUUUCACCGCGUGCGGCGGCUUGGUCGUCGACGUCGUGCUCCUCUGGCUGCUCGACCGGGAUCCCGGCGGCGGCAAUUCGAACGGUCACGGCCACUCGCACGGAACUGGCGAACUGGGCGCUCGAGCGAUGUUUCUGCACGUCCUGGGUGACCUUUUCGGCACGAUCCUGGUCUGCGUCGGCGGCGCGAUCAUCUGGGGCACCGGCGGCCGGGACAGCAACCUCGCGGUCAUCGACCCCGUGUGCACCCUGUGUUUCGCGUGCAUCGUCGUCGCGACGAUGUACCCUUUCGCGUUGAGAAUGCUGAGGGUGCUGUUGGAGGCGGCGCCGCCGGGUGCGAGUACGCGUAAAAUCGCAGACGCGCUCGAAUCCGAGGUGCCCGGAGUCGUGGGAGUGCACUGCCUGCAUCUGUGGGAGUUAUCCCCCGGUAAGUCCGCGCUCAUGGCUCACGUUCACGUGCUGACGCAGGAGAAGGAACGAGCGGGGGAGGCGCUGGAGCGAGCGCUGAGUCGGGCGACGCGUCUGCUGCAGAAGAAAUUCGGGAUCAAUCACACGACGUUGCAGAUGACGGCGACGCCGGAGAAGGGAGGGUGGGCGGCGUGCGGGAUGGUGGGGAAGCCGCCGGUGAAGUGCGACAAGUGCGACGCGCUGGUGGAUGCGGCGUCAAACGUCUAA